CGACGGAUUAGGCAUAGAAGGAAGAGCGCCAGCCCGUGGCAUUCAUGAGGUUCCCGGAUAACUUGCUCCACCCACGGGCGCCUCACUAUCUCGACUUGUACAACCACCACACCACCAGCUUCAUCCACCACCACCACCACCCAAACACAACCCCUCCUUCACCUUCAGUAUCACCGCCUGGUGCGCUCCUGUACAUUGCACUUCGCCAACCAACCUUCUUUUGAAUUGAGACCGUCUCUCGUUUUUCAGCUCGCUUUAUCACCCAGUUCCGAUCCGUGUUAUCUCUCAUCCCCAGCCAACGUCACA